AUGUCUCUUCCUUUAUCUGAACAGGAGAAACAUCAGACAUCUAUCGUGGAACACCCUGUUACUAACCAUCAGCAGAUAGAAUUCGACUUGGAUCUAGCAGAUGUCGCUGCUCAUGCGCCGUCGCUGCGCGGUCGUAAGCUAACGGCUGCGGUAGGAUUUGUAGCAGGCACCGGGUUCCUGCUCUUUGGUUAUGACCAAGGUGUCAUGUCGUCACUCCUUACGGGCAAUCAGUUUGAGGCUGCCUUCCCUGAAGUCGUAGUGGAGGCUAGCCACCCUAACCAUGCCACUCUUCAGAGCUUUACAAUUGCCAUAUACGAAGUAGGCUGUCUCUUUGGGUCACUGUCUAAUCUUUGGGUGGGAGAUAGGCUCGGUCGCCGAAGAACGAUUGCUUUAGGAGGCAGCAUAAUGAUCAUCGGUAGGGCAAUUCUGCAAACUACUGCGUUUUCUUUCGCACAUCUGAUUUUUGCUCGUAUCUUCACAGGCUACGGGAAUGGUCUGAUAACGUCGACAGUGCCAACAUAUCAUGCGGAGCUCUCCCCUUCCGCAAAGAGGGGUCGAAUGCACGUUAUUAAUACACAGUACAAUCAAAAGACUCACAGAAUUUUUCGCUGUACGUCUCGGUUUCAUCCCCAGGUUAAGCUUGAUCUAGUCAAUGACAACGAUCCGAUCAGAUUUUUCGUAAAUUGGUCGUCUGCUCAGUGGAGAGUUCCGAUAGCUCUGCAGUUGGUAUUUGAAAUUAUCAUGGUAACAUGCAUCGGAUUGCUUCCGGAGUCACCCAGGUGGUUGGUGAAGCGUGGUCGCAAUGCAGAAGCAAUGGCCGUCAUAUCCGCAAUGGAAGACAAACCUCCAUCUGAUCCAGAAGUUCGCCGCACUUACCACGGAAUUCGCGAAGCUGUUGCUGUUGAAACAUCUAGUCAAGGCUUACUACGAGAGCUCACUACGGGGGGUCGCAGCCAGAACUUGCGACGAACAGUUACUGCCAUGGUAUGUCAGAUGAUGCAGCAGCUGACUGGCAUCAACCUCGUUACCUUGUGGACUAUUUUAUUCCAGCGUCUUGGCCUCUCCGAUGUCAACGCACGGAUUACUGCUGCGGCUAACGGCACAGAAUAUGUUCUUGCGUCUCUCAUUACCUAUUAUGCGAUAGACUACGUUGGUCGGCGCCAACUCAUGCUGAUUGGAACCGUCGGUCAAUUUUUUGUGAUGCUGCUUUUGGCUAUCUUAGGAUAUAUCAACAAUUUACCAGCGCAGAUUGUGAGCGUGGUCCUGUUAUUCGGCUUCAACACGUUUUUUGCUAUUGGGUGGCUUGGAAUGGCCUGGUUAUAUUGCGCCGAGAUUGCUGGGCUCAAAACUCGUGCUGCGACCAAUGCACUAAGCACAGCAUCAAAUUGGACUUUCAACUUCGUUGUUGUGAUGGUCGUUGGCCCAUCUUUCAAUAAUAUCUCCUGGAGGACAUAUAUCGUCUUCGCAGCCUUGAACGUAGCCAUCAUUCCAGUCGUUUACUUUUUCUUCCCCGAAACCGGCGGUCGGUCUUUAGAAGACCUCGAUAUUGUGUUUGCGUUGGCGUACAAUACUGGUGAGGAUCCUGUCAAGGUUUCGCUUCGGAAAGACGUCCCGCUUGCUGGAUCGCCAGAGGCAGACGAGAUUCUUGGGGUUAGCCCAGGCGUUUAG